AAUGGACCAGAAAAUCUUAUCUCUGGCAGCAGAAAAGUCAGCAGACAGACUCCAGGAAUUCCUUCAAACCCUGGGAGGAGAUGAUUUGGCUGGUCUCCUUCGGAACCGGUUGCUGGAGGGAAAGGCUGCCGGAGCCCUGCUGAGAGCCAUCUUCAAAGGUUCCCCCUGCUCUGAGGACACUGGAGCCCGUCGGAGACGCAGAAUAUACACUUGCUGUAUCCAGUUGGUGGAAUCGGGAGAUUUGCAGAAAGAAAUAGCCUCCGAGAUCAUAGGCAUACUAAUGCUCGAGGUGCACAACUUCCCGGGACCGCUCCUGGCCGACUUGGCCAGGGAGUUCGUUGACGCUGUGGAGGACGGCAGCCUGAGGCGCGGCGGGUCGCUGGAGCUGCUGCCCGUCGUUCUCACGGCCCUGGCUGCCAGGAGGGAGUCUGUGGCUUCCGGAAAAGAUGAACUGAGCGGAGAAGAAUGUAAGAAGCAGUUGAUAAACACCCUCUGUUCUGGAAGGUGGGACCCACAGUAUGCCAUCCCGCUCGUCUCCAUGUUCAGGGAUGUUCCCUUGACUGCAGAAGAAGUGGAGCUUCUGACUGAGAAAGUGUUGAGGAUGUUCUCCAAACUUAAUCUUCAGGAAAUACCACCUUUAGUCUAUCAGCUUCUGAUUCUCUCCUCAAAGGGAAGCAGAAUGAAGGUUUUGGAAGGAAUCAUAGCUUUCUUCAAUGAGCUGGAUAUGCAGCAUAGUGAGGAGCAGAGCGGCGAUGAGCUGUUGGACCUGGUUACCGUGCCUUCAGGCGAACUGCGCCACGUGGAAGGCACUGUUAUUCUCCACACUGUGUUUGCCAUCAAGCUGGACUGCGAACUAGGAAGAGAGCUCCUGAAACACUUGAAGGCCGAACAGCAAGGAGACCCCAGCAACAAUAUGUGCCCCUUCAGCAUUGCCCUCCUGCUCUCUGUGACGAGAAUACAAAGAUUUGCAGAACAGGUGUUUGACCUUUUAAAGACUUCAGUUAUAAAGAGCUUUAAGGAUCUGCAGCUUCUCCAAGGAUCAAAAUUCCUACAGAAUCUAGUCCCUCGUAGAGCGUGUGUUUCAGCCAUGAUCUUGGACGUGGUAAAGAGUAGUGUUCAUAGUUGGGACCAUGUCACUCAGGGCCUCGUGGAACUGGGCUUCAUGUUAAUGGAUUCCUAUGGACCAAAGAAAAUUUUUGAUGGAAAAACUUUUGAAACCAGUUCAGGUCUUUCUAGAACGCCAAACCAGCAAGCGUGUAAGCUGGGAUCUGAUAUCCUGUUGGAGACUUUUAAGAUCCAUGAGAUGAUCAGACAAGAAAUUCUGGAGCAAGUCCUCAACAGGGUUGUUACCAGGACUUCCUCUCCCAUCAGCCACUUCCUAGACCUGCUCUCAAACAUCACCAUGUAUGCGCCCUUAGUUCUUCAGAGUUGUUCUUCUAAAGUCACAGAAGCUUUUGAUUAUUUGUGCUUUCUGCCCCUUCCAACUGUGCACGGGCUGCUGAGGGCAGUGCAGCCCCUCCUCAAAGUCAGCAUCUCUGUGAGGGACUCCCUGAUACUCGUCCUGCGGAAAGCCAUGUUUGCCAGCCAGCUCGAUGCCAGGAGGUCUGCGGUGGCUGGGUUUCUGCUGCUCCUGAAGAACUUCAGAGUCCUCGGCAGCUUGUCGUCCUCCCAGUGCAGUCAGUCCGUCGGGCUCAGCCAGGUCCACGUGGACGUCCACAGCAGAUACAGUUCUGUUGCCAAUGAGACGUUUUGCCUUGAGAUCAUGGACAGUCUGAGAAGAUGCUUGGGCCAGCAGGCCAGCGUCCGACUCCUGCUUUAUGAGGGGUUCUAUGAUGUCCUUCGAAGAAAUUCUCAGCUGGCUAAUUCAGUCAUGCAAACCCUGCUCUCACAGCUACGGCACUUCUAUGAACCGGCGCCCGACGUGCUGCCGCCUCUCAGGUUGGAAGCCUGUGUGCUCGCCCAGGGAGAUCAGAUCUGUCUGCAGGAGCCCCUGGACCACCUGCUGUGCUGUGUGCAGCACUGCCUGGCCUGGUACAAGAGCAGGGUGAUGCCCCUGCGGCACGAGGAGGAGGAGGAGGACGAGGGAUUCUACCAGGACUUAGACGACAUUCUGGAGUCGAUCACUGCUCGAAUGAUCAAGAGUGAACUCGAGGACUUCGAACUGGACAAAUCCGCAGACUUUUCUCAGAGUUCUGCUGCUGGCGUCAAAAAUAGUAUCUGUGCUUCUCUUGUGAUGGGCAUGUGUGAGGUCCUGAUAGAAUAUAAUUUCUCCAUUAGUAAUUUCAGCAAGAGUAAAUGUGAAGCGGUUUUGAAUCUAUUUAUGUGUUACAAAAAAGUCUCCGACAUCCUUAAUGAGAAAACUGGUAAAGGCAAAAUCAAAACUGCCAGCAAAACAAAUGAUAGUUUUUUGUCCCUGAAAUUCGUGUCCGAUCUUCUCACCGCUCUCUUCAGCUCUCUCCUCUCUAGGGACAGCGUCCAAAGUCAUGAAGAGAGCCUGUCCGUCCUGAGGUCCAGCGCUGAGUUCCUGCGCUACGUGGUGAGCGUGGCUCUGCAGAAGGUACAGCAGCUGACGGAGACAGGGCGAGUGAGCGGCCCCGACGGCCAGAACCCAGAGAAGGUCUUUCAGUACCUCUGUGGCAUCACCCGGGUCUUGCUGUGGAGAUACACUUCCGUCCCCACUGCCGUGGAGGAGUCCAGCAAGAAGGAGAAAGGGAAGAGCCUCUCGCUGCUGUGCCUGGAGGGUCUGCAGAGGGUCUUCAGUGCCGUGCAGCAGUUCUGUCAGCCCAAGACCCAGCACUUUCUCAGGGCUCUGGAUGUCACAGAGGCAGAGGCAGAAGAGGCGGAGGUGGACGUCACACAGAGAGCUGCGUUCCAGAUCCGCCAGUUUCAGAGGUCCCUGUCGAACUUGCUUAGCGGCCAGGAAGAAGACUUUAACAGCAAAGAAGCCCUCCUGCUUGUCAGCGUUCUUUCCAGCCUGUCCAGGCUGCUGGAGCCUUCCUCGCCUCAGUUUGUGCAGAUGUUAUCAUGGACAUCAAAGAUCUUCAAGGAAAACAGCCGAGAAGACGCCCCCUUUUGCAAGGGUCUGCUGGGCCUGCUCUUCAGCCUCCAUGCUCAGUACAAGAGCCCCGUCGCCCUGCUGCGCGACCUGGCCCAGGACAUCCACGGGCACCUGGGCGACAUCGAUGAGGACAUAGAGGUGGAGAAGACAGACCACUUUGCAAUGGUGACUGUGAAAACAGCUGCCCCCGCCGUCUGCUUGCUUGUUCUGAGUCAGGCUGAGAAGGUCCUAGAAGAAGUGGACUGGCUAAUCAGCAGGCUUAAGGGACAAGUCCUGUCAGCAUCGUCCUCUGCACCUACGGACCCACUCCUGGGGAAGGCCAUCAUCAUGCAGCUGGGGACGCUGCUGACAUUUUUCCACGAGCUGGUGCAGACCGCCUUGCCGUCGGGCAGCUGCGUGGACACCUUGUUAAAGGCCUUGUGCAAAAUGUACACCACGCUGACUGCCCUCGUCAGAUACUAUUUGCAGGCCUGUCACAGCUUUGGCGGGGUCCCGAAAAACAUGGAGAAGCUGGUGAAGCUGUCGGGUUCCCAUCUGACGCCUCUGUGCUAUUCGUUCAUUUCUUACGUACAGAACAAGAACGGGAGCCUCAAGUACACAGGGGAGAAGGCAAAGGAGAGCGCUGCUGUUGCCACAGCCAUGGCCAGAGUUCUCCGGGAAACCAAGCCAAUCCCGAAUCUCAUCUUUGCGAUUGAACAGUAUGAAAAGUUUCUCAUCCACCUCUCCAAGCGGUCCAAGGUGAACCUCAUGCAGCACAUGAAGCUCAGCACCUCCAGGGACUUCAAGAUCAAAGGCAAUGUCCUAGACAUGGUCCUUCGGGAGGACGAGGACAAGGACGAGGACGAGGACGAGGGUGCUGCGUCAGAGCAUGGGGAGCAGGACACAGAACCAGCCAAGAAGAAAAGGAAGAAAUGAAAUGCCUGAGUUAU